UCACACAGUAGAGCUUGCUAGUAUGAGCGAAAAAGAUUACAAUCACGACGUGAGAUCGGAAUGCCUCGGUUCAAUCAAUGCUGUCCAGGAUCUGAUACACCAGUAUUCGGAGAUGAACGAUGAGGAAAAGACUCGGAUUGCGGGAGUCAAGGGAUAUCUCGAAGACCAAUUGGCUUUCUUGAUUAAACAACUGAUAAGCCUUGACGAAGUGUCUACCGAGACAUCUUUUGACGAGAACUCUGCCUCAGGUUUAGAAUUGAACUAUAACAUAAAAAAUUUGAAACCCCACGAAAAGUACAAAACUAACAAUCAACUUACAAAAAUAAGAAAAAAACGCUACAAGCCCAAAAUAAUUCACAAGUUCAUCAAAAAUACAACGAUGAAGAAACACACAACUCAAACUAACUUUGAUUCAUUGCAAAUGACCGAACCAUCUGCAAGAGACAAAAUUAAAAUCAACAAUCUACUCCAAAAUGUUGAUGAUAAAAUGCAAAAAGAUAAUAAAUUUGAAGAACUCUCUGACGAAUUAGUUGAAAAAGUUGAUGAUUUUCAAGCUCCCGUUGGUGAUAAAACCGAAACUGGUUCUGAUAGAAUGAAAAGAAAUAUAAAAGAUGUAUAUUACAAAGCGGUUCAUGAUGCUACAAAAUAUACAGAGAAGACUAUGCAUCCACAUUAUGCUGGAACAAAGACUUGAUUCAAAGAUUCUUUCUUUAGUAUAUUAACCGUAGAAUUAGCUUUUAAAAAUAAUGCAUUAGAGUUAUUCAAAGUUAUUUGCAGAAGUAUAGAAGAGAAUUAUCAGUAGCUGUAAAAAAGUGCAAUGCAAUAUAGUCACUAUUAUUAUUAUAUCUAAGGGGGUUUAACUGAGCUUAUUAUUUGUUGAGUAGCUAUGAUUGUGAUAUUGAGUAGCUGUCCUAGUGAUGAGUAUUUGUG